GUUAGGGCCCUUCGGUCCGGGCGGCGUGCAUGACGCCCGCCGCGCUUGUCCACACAGGACGAGGCGGCGACGCGCGACGUGCAGCGACUGCUAGUGCAGUUCCAGGAUGAGGGCGGGCAGCUGCUGGGCUCCCCAUUCGACGUGCCCGUGGACAUCACCCCGGACAAGCUGCAGCUCGUGUGCAACGCGCUGCUGGCCCAGGGGUGAUAACAACCUGGCGGUGCCGUCUGCCUUGGGAAGGGUCGGAAGAUGUGAUCAGUGUGAGAGCGCUUUACGCGCCCACCAUCGGGAAUUCACCCGCGGAGAGAGACCGCGUUUUGAACGCAUUGGGUGCAUCGUAACAGUGAUUCCUUGUCACAGCUCCUCAUUAUAUUCCGAUUGUCAUUAAUAUCCCCAUUUUACAGUGCUGCCUGAGACCAUUCAGUUAUUUGUCUGGCACUGCGCAGUAGGUGGUAGAUUGGGAGUUGGAAGCCAAGUGUCAGAUUCAAAACUCAUGCUCUCCUAAGCCGGUGUUUAUCAGAAUGCUGCCCUCUGUUGAGGGGUGGGAGGCUGUUUAAAAAUGCAAUACCUGGACCCCACCCAAGACUUACUACACCAGACCCUGGGGUGAAGCAGAGGGUCUACCUUUUUCAGUCAGCUUUUUGGAUGCUUCUUACACAUUAUGCAGCAUGGUCUGGUGGUUUAGAAAACGCUGCAUAAUGCUAUAUACUAACCCUAAUCCUGGACUUUAGUUUUCUUUCUGAAGAACCUGAAUUAGGCAUUAGCAAUAGGACGUUGCGUUAAUCACUUAGUUGCUCUGAGCCUCAGUUUUUUUCAUCUAUCAAUAUUAAUGCCUCCUUCCCAGGGUGGUUGUGAGAUUCAGAUACAGGAUUUUGAAGUGGUGUGUGUCUUGCAGUCGCUCUUCAAGGAUUAAAAAGGCCUUGCUGAAUGGGGAAUGAGGCGGGUAACCCAAGCAGGGUGGCUUGAAAAGUAGGAAGCGUUGCCUGCCCACAGCUCACAGAGGGUGGGGGUCCCUGGUGGAGAUGGCCUUGCCCAUCCUUUGAUGGGGGUGGUUCUCUUUUCUGUUGUCCUCCAGGAGGAUCCCCUGCCACUGGCUUUCUAUGUCCAUGAUGCCGAGAUCAUCUCGUCUCUGGGGAGGACACUGGAGUCACAGGCGGUGGAGACAGAGAAGGUCCUUGACAUCGUCUACCAGCCACAGGCUAUCUUCAGGGUUCGUGCUGUGACCCGCUGCACCAGCUCCUUGGAGGGUCACAGCGAGGCAGUCAUUUCUGUGGCCUUCAGCCCUACAGGAAAGUACCUGGCCAGUGGCUCUGGAGACACUACUGUGCGCUUCUGGGAUCUCAGCACUGAGACACCACAUUUCACAUGCCAGGGACACAGACACUGGGUCCUUUGCAUAUCCUGGUCCCCAGACGGCAAGAAGCUGGCUUCAGGCUGCAAGAAUGGCCAGAUUCUCCUGUGGGACCCAAGCACAGGGAAGCAAGUGGGCAGGACCCUUGCCGGCCACAGCAAGUGGAUCACAGCCCUGAGCUGGGAGCCCCUCCAUGCCAACCCCGAGUGCCGCUACGUGGCCAGCAGCUCCAAGGACGGCAGCGUGCGGGUCUGGGACACGGCUGCGGGCCGCUGUGAGCGCAUCCUCACUGGGCACACACAGUCAGUCACCUGUCUCCGGUGGGGAGGGGACGGGCUUCUCUACUCCGCCUCCCAGGACCGCACCAUCAAAGUCUGGAGGGCUCAUGAUGGCGUGCUGUGCCGGACUCUGCAAGGCCAUGGCCACUGGGUGAACACCAUGGCCCUCAGCACUGACUACGCCCUGCGCACGGGGGCCUUUGACCCAGCCGAGGCCUCAGUUAACGCCCAAGACCUCCGAGGGUCCUUGCAGGAGUUAAAGGAGAGAGCUCUGAGCCACUACAGCCUCGUGCGGGGCCGGGGCCCAGAGAGGCUGGUGUCUGGCUCAGAUGACUUCACCCUGUUCCUGUGGUCCCCGGCGGAGAACAAGAAGCCCCUGGCACGGAUGACGGGGCACCAGGCCCUCAUCAACCAGGUGCUCUUCUCCGCGGACUCGCGCGUCAUCGCCAGCGCCUCCUUUGACAAGUCUAUCAAGCUGUGGGAUGGCAGGACGGGCAAGUACCUGGCCUCCCUGCGUGGCCAUGUGGCUGCCGUGUACCAGAUUGCAUGGUCGGCCGACAGCCGGCUCUUGGUCAGUGGCAGCAGUGACAGCACACUGAAGGUGUGGGAUGUGAAGGCCCAGAAGCUGGCCACAGACCUGCCAGGCCAUGCGGAUGAGGUAUACGCUGUCGACUGGAGUCCAGAUGGCCAGAGAGUGGCAAGUGGUGGAAAGGACAAAUGCCUCCGGAUUGUGCAGUCGUGGAGAGCUUCGUCCACCUGUCUCCUGGGACUUACCAGGAGACAGGAGGAUCAAAGAUAGAUGGAGGAGAUGAGAAAUCCCAAGGAUCCCCACCUGGACUCAGCCUCUGCCAGCUGCCUGCCCUGAUGGAGAUCAAAGGCCGGGGUGAUGACCUUGAGAAUGAGCGUGGCCUGCCGUCCUCGGACAGACCCCAGUAGCGUCCCUCCCCAGAGCAGGAGGUCGAAGGUCGCGGGAGGUUCUCACUGAGCUCAGCCCUUGGCCAUCACUUGGUAGCUCGCUGAUGCCAGCACAGGGGAGGCCGAGCGAUGACUGGCCCUUACUGCUGCCCCUGCCUCCUUUCCUAAAUGCCGUCUAUUUAGGGUCAGACCCCAGAUUCUGUGACCAAAUAAAUAACUUACAGUU